AUGGGAGACUGCCCCACUGUACCCCUAUCCAACCAGGAGACUGCCCCACUGUACCCCUAUCCAAGCAGGAGACUGCCCCACUGUACCCCUAUCCAACCAGGAGACUGCCCCACUGUACCCCUACGCAAACAGGAGACUGCCCCACUGUACCCCUAUCCAACCAGGAGACUGCCCCACUGUACCCCUAUCCAACCAGGAGACUGCCCCACUGUACCCCUAUCCAACCAGGAGACUGCCCCACUGUACCCCUAUCCAACCAGGAGACUGCCCCACUGUAUCCCUACCCAACCAGGAGACUGCCCCACUGUACCCCUAUCCAACCAGGAGACUGCCCCACUGUACCCCUAUCCAACCAGGAGACUGCCCCACUGUACACCUAUCCAAACAGGAGACUGCCCCACUGUACCCCUAUCCAACCAGGAGACUGCCCCACUGUACCCCUACCCAACCAGGAGACUGCCCCACUAUACCCCUAUCCAACCAGGAGACUGCCCCACUGUACCCCUAUCCAACCAGGAGACUUCCCCACUGUACCCCUAUCCAACCAGGAGACUGUCCCACUGUACCCCUAUCCAACCAGGAGACUGCCCCACUGUACCCCUAUCCAACCAGGAGACUGCCACACUGUACCCCUAUCCAACCAGGAGACUGCCCCACUGUACCCCUAUCCAACCAGGAGACUGCCCCACUGUACCCCUACCCAACCAGGAGACUGCCCCACUGUACCCCUAUCCAACCAGGAGACUGCCCCACUGUACCCCUAUCCAACCAGGAGACUGCCCCACUGUACCCCUACCCAACCAGGAGACUGCCCCACUGUACCCCUAUCCAACCAGGAGACUGCCCCACUGUACCCCUAUCCAACCAGGAGACUGCCCCACUGUACCCCUAUCCAACCAGGAGACUGCCCCACUGUACCCCUAUCCAACCAGGAGACUGCCCCACUGUACCCCUAUCCAACCAGGAGACUGCCCCACUGUACCCCUACCCAACCAGGAGACUGCCCCACUGUACCCCUAUCCAACCAGGAGACUGCCCCACUGUACCCCUAUCCAACCAGGAGACUGCCCCACUGUACCCCUAUCCAACCAGGAGACUGCCCCACUGUACCCCUACCCAACCAGGAGACUGCCCCACUGUACCCCUAUCCAACCAGGAGACUGCCCCACUGUACCCCUAUCCAACCAGGAGACUGCCCCACUGUACCCCUAUCCAACCAGGAGACUGCCCCACUGUACCCCUAUCCAACCAGGAGACUGCCCCACUGUGCACCUAUCCAAACAGGAGACUGCCCCACUGUACCCCUAUCCAACCAGGAGACUGCCCCACUGUACCCCUAUCCAACCAGGAGACUGCCCCACUGUACCCCUAUCCAACCAGGAGACUGCCCCACUGUACCCCUAUCCAACCAGGAGACUGCCCCACUGUAUCCCUACCCAACCAGGAGACUGCCCCACUGUACCCCUACCCAACCAGGAGACUGCCCCACUGUACCCCUAUCCAACCAAAAACAUAGAGACCCAGAAACCCUGA